GAUACACUCACCCGGUGCACAUUGGGUAGAGCCACUGUGGUGUCCGUCUAAGCGCCAGCUGCCAUUUUGAUCUAAAAUCCGAAUUGGGAGAUUUUACACUGCACACUUAAAUGGUGUGAAAUCGGAGAAUAGUCUCUGGUCUUUCAGUAAAGGCAAAAUGCUUUCUGCAGCCCAAUUACUCGAUGAGUUGAUGGGUCGAGAUAGAAACUUGGCCCCAGACGAAAAACGAUGCAACGUCCGCUGGGACCACGAGACAGUCUGCAGAUACUAUCUUUGUGGGUUCUGUCCAGCUGAAUUAUUUACAAACACACGGUCUGACUUGGGCCCCUGCGAAAAAAUCCAUGAUGAAAAUCUUAGGAAAACGUACGAGAAGAGCUCACGGUUCAUGAAGGAAGGCUAUGAGAGAGACUUCCUGCGCUACCUGCAGUCCCUAUUGGCUGAGGUGGAGAGGAGGAUCCGAAGAGGCCAUGCCCGCCUAGCCCUCUCCCAGGCCCAACAGAAUGCAGGAGGACCUGGUCCAUCAGGCAAGAAUGAGGAGAAGGCAUUGGUUCUAACAGAGAAGAUUGAGGACCUGGUCAUGCAGAUUGAGGAACUGGGCUCUGAGGGGAAGGUGGAGGAGGCCCAGGGCAUGAUGAAAUUGGUGGAGCAGCUCAAGGAGGAGAGGGAGCUGCUAAGCUCCACCCCAUCGACAAUUGAGAGCUUUGCGGCCCAGGAGAAGCAGAUGGAGGUUUGCGAGGUGUGCGGCGCUUUCCUCAUCGUGGGUGACGCCCAGUCGCGUGUGGACGACCACCUGAUGGGGAAGCAGCACAUGGGCUACGCCAAGAUCAAGUCCACUGUGGAGGAGCUCAAGGAGAAACUUCGACGCCGCUCAGAGGACCCGGUGGGAGAGGACAAGGGCAAAAAGGAGAAGGAGGACAGGGAGCGAGAGAGGGAGGAAAGGGAGAAGGUCCGCAAAGAGGAGGAGGAGAAGGAGCGGGAGAAGGAGCGGGAGAAGGAGCGGGAGAAGGAACGGGAGAAGGAACGGGAGAGAGAGCGGGAGCGUGAGAGGGAGAGAGACCGUGACCGGGAGAGGCGAGGGAGGCGUAGCCACUCCAACAGCCGCCACUCCAGCCGGACGUCUGACAGGAAGAGAAGUCGCUCCAGGGAGCGCCGGCGGUCCAGGAGCAGGGAGAAGGAGAGGGAGCGCAAAUGCACAAGGAGCCGAGACGGGGAAAGGGACCGAGACAGGGACCGGGACAGGAGUCGGCGUGGCAGCAGCCGCGAACGAUUUGACAGGAAGCGGCGCUCACGCAGCCGCGAGAGGAAGAGGUCCCGCAGCUUGGAGCGCAAGACUCACCAGCGCAGCGGUCAGCGCAGCCGCAGCAGGGAAAGAGACAAGGAGAGGUCGUCCAGGGACAAAGACCGCAAGGACACAGAGGAGAAGCGGAGUGGUGGUUCCAAGAAGGACAAGCCCUCUGACAGCCACAGCAACAACGUCACUAAGGCCCCCUUGUCUGAGGUGGAGCCAGAGGCCAUAGCCAUGGAGACGGAGGUUUCCUCCCCCCCGGCCUCCCAGCUGAACGGGCUGGCGGUGGCCCGCGAAGACCUCCAUUCUGAAGGUGACACUCAGUCCAAUUAAAACUGAUCUGAUAGGACCUCAGAUCAGGCUCAGGUAAGUGGCGCCCACCUCCCCUACCAUCCUGGCUCUCAAUCCCCCCCCCUCCCCACCUUCCUCCCUCCUUCAUCCUCCUCCCCUCAUCCCCCAACCCUAUUAACUUAUGGAUCUAUGAUUCUUUGUUUUUGAUGUGUGUAUAUGUAUCUUGCUCCUUUUCUGGGUUGUAGUGCAUCAUAAGUACUGCACUGAAGAUGGAGCUAGGCCUGUGAUCAGUGAGAAGAAACUAGAGUCUCACAAACCGAGGGACAGGCCAGUGUAGACCCCCCUCUUGUUUCUCCCCCCUGGGAGAAACAGGCCCGGAGAUGCCCCUUGUUUCAAAAAAGGGUUCUUGUCACCUCCUAUUUAUCUCAUAACUAGAUCAGACUUUUUUUCCCCCUCCCAGAUUUAGAUCCAUUCCUUCAUGUGCCUCUACCUGUUUAAUAUACCUUUUUAAAUCUAUUUUUAACCACCUUCUUAAAUGGUGGCAUUGAACAUGUUUUGUAGUGCCUAACCUUCUGCUGUUUUCUAUAGCUUAGGACUGUGUGUCUGUAUACGGGCCGUACUGUAUACCAACACAGCAGUUUAAACUUUAAGAAAAUGUCUGAGGUAAAUGUCCCAGUCUAAAUACUCUUCUCUCCUACCGUGCCAUGGCUGUGUCCCUGCUCACUGUGACGUUUGAUUGCCUUGACUUUAUGCAGUGUUGUAGAGCAUGAGGGGGGGUGGGACGGGCGGGGCUUGGAGGCCUAGGGUAUUUUAUUUCUUACAAUGAAUGAAUUGCAGCUGACCUCCAUACCUCACACAGCGUUGGUGGUUGUGAGUGAGUGAGCGACCACAGUGAAAAAGCCAAAUUAAAAAUCUCAAGGGAUACUGUCUCAAACUGUACAGGUACUCAAGCCAGGUACUCCUUUCUAUACCCACAUCCAUUUUUCUGAAUGCUGUUGCCUGUGAAAAAGUGCUCUUUUAGUAUUUGCUUUUCUUUGAAUUUGUUGUAUAUAUUUUUGCUGAAGAUUGACAUUGUCGUUUUGUACAGUAUAUACAUGAGUUGCUGUCCAAAACACUGAUGAGAAUGAUGUCAUUCUGGAGUCUGUAGGGUUAACCCGAUUGUUAUCCCAUAGUAUUCAGACUUAGAUAUGUCAUGUACAUAGCUAGCUGGUUUUAAACAGGCCUAUGACUGAGCCUUUAGAUAGAGCAGGUUCGUUAAUAUCGUCCAUAAAUUGUAGGAUACUCUGGAUGCCCCCACACAAUCUAUAGGUUAGAAUAGCUUAUCAAUUAAUCAGACAACUACUCAAGAGGUUAAAAUGUUUUUUGUUUGUAAUAAUGAAGAAAAAAAAAUGUAGGCAAAGCAUCCUGUUUAGUCAGCCUUGAGUCCAUUUGUGAGGGGUAGGGGGGGUGUGUGUGUGUUUGUGUAUGGAUAUGGUGCUGUAGUGAAGGCAGCAUAUCCGCUGCCACACACGGUCCUACCACGGUCUUGGCUAAUGUGUCGCCUUCUGUGAACGUUUCUGAUCCCCAGGGGAAGCUGGGACAUCUGGAGUAGGAGUAAGAAGCCCUGAAGAAGACCCCCGUGCCGACCCUCCCUCCCUUCCCCCUGAAGCUUCCACGCCACUGCUUAAAAAACAAGGUGAACCACACCGGCGUAGUGGCUAAUUAAAAAACUAAAGCAAAACUAUGAAAAACUGAAACUUCUUAAAAUACAAUAGUUUCCGUUGUCUGUUUGGUCCUUUUUUGGAAGAUGACUUUAUAGGAUCUAGACCGGUUUGUUCAACUAUGUACCUAUUACCUUCAAUGAUUUCUGCCAUGAAUAUAGCUCUACCAAACGUGGGAAUACAUGACUUUUUUUGUUGUUAUUGUUGCAAUUCACAUUAUUCUUGUUUUCUCAGCAUUUUUGUCUCAUUAAUAAAAACAAUACUUGCUUGACUUGUUUGGUUUGCAAAUGUAAGGUCCCAGCUCACUUGUUGACAUAUUCAAUUUUUUUCCUGCUCUGGAAAAUCAGUUUGAAAAUUGCGUGUAAAAUGUUAGUCAGGGAAUUUUUUCCUCUCCACCCAGUCAGAGCUUUCGUUGACUGCUCUUCUUUUACUGAAAAUUAUACUGAAACCAUUUUGAUGAACAUUCACAUUCUGAGAAAUUUAUUGAGCUUUAUUUGUAUUUCCUUUUUGGGGGGCAGAUUUUUAAAAUCCCAUGUUUGUCUUGAUGAAUAAAAAGUUCAAACUUUA